GCCGUCUACUUGUUUGUAUAGUCCGUGCGGUUCCUCCUGUUAUCGAAUCCGCCCCGGAACUUGUUAUGAACUUGAUGAUUUAGCGAGAAAAUGUCAAUUAAUCUGACGAAAAACAAUGAUGCCUUGGUGGCCGCUUGGCACAGCGUGGUCAACGAUAAAUUGUCUACUAACUGGGCUCUGUUUGGCUAUGAAGGGCAGACUAAUAAUUUAAAAGUAGAUGGAACAGGAAAUGGUGGUUUGGAAGAAAUGAUUGAUCGACUGAAUAGUAGUCACAUCAUGUAUGCAUUUUGUAAAGUUAUCGAUACUAAAACAAGUCUACCAAAAUAUUUACUUAUUAAUUGGCAAGGGGAAGGUGCUCCAAUUGUUAGAAAAGGAACAUGCGCUAAUCACAUUAGAGAUAUAGAAAAAUUGUUGAAGGGAGCACAUAUAACAAUUACUGCACGUUCUGAAGAUGAUGUGGAGGUAGACAUGAUUAUGGAAAAGCUUGCACGAGCAACAGCUUCUGCAUAUAAAUUCAAUGAACCUCGUAGUGAAAACGAAGGAAACACAGGUCCUGUUGGAACAACAUAUCGCAGAGUAAACCCUGAACAAGAAAUAAAUGCAAUGGAGAGAGAUCAGUUUUGGGAAAAGGAAGAAAUGGAGGAGAAAAGAAGAUUGGAGCAAGAGCGUCUGCGUUGCGAACAAGAGCGGCAGAAGUUAGAACGAGAAGUUAGAGCUCGGGAAGAAAAGGAAACGCAACUGAGAGAACAACAAGUAACGGCAAAGGAAAAUUCAAUCGCUCGUCAAAAACUAGCUGAACAGCGUGCCGAAAAUGUAAACAACUUACGCAAUCAAGUGGCUGCUCAAAAUUACAGCAAUGACGUCGAAGAUGAUCAUAAAUCGCGAAGCGAAGAACUACGGAGACAAAGGAGCAAAGAAACACAACAAUUGAUUGCUCAAAGAACAAUAAAUGCUCGAGCGAUAUUUGAACAGAAUUCAGCGGCCGGUCAAAUGAAGACGAGUUCUGCUCAACAAUUCUUACCUAAGAACAAUCAUGUGGAAUCAAUGAGAAAAGCGUUGGAGGAGACUCAGAUAAAGGAUCAGUCCGACGUGAAAUCUCGUGAGGAAACAUUAACUGAAGCGAAAAAAUCAACAAAUGCGGAAACAAUUGUCUCUUCUGUAGUGUCUCAAUCUCAAAAUACCAAUCAAGAAUUAAAAACAACUGCCAAUCCGCAAUCAGAACCUGGACAAACGACAGAGACUAAGGAGCAGGUCGCCGAAAACGAAUUGUACAACCAAUUAGAUGGCCCGUACUUAUACUUUGAUCCAAAUAACGAGGGAAUGAAAGCUAGAGCUUUGUAUGAUUAUCAGGCCGCUGACGACACAGAAAUCACUUUUGAUCCCGGAGAUAUAAUUACGCAUAUUGACGCAAUUGACGAAGGCUGGUGGCAAGGGCUCGGACCAGAUGGUACAUACGGACUUUUCCCUGCUAAUUAUGUUGAAGUUAUCGAGUACAAUACAACAUGAUAAAACAUGUUUCCAGAAAAAUUUAUGAAGAUUACUUAUAAUUUUCUUCAUAACUAUCCACAUGAAUUCACUUGCAUGUAAGACAUUGAUAUCAGCGCAAUAUUAUCCCUGAUAAAUGCUGUUACACAAGCAUAAGUAAGAAAUUGAACCACGUGAUAAAAUUAAUUCCGAAUGACUAGAAAAAAAAUCUUUUAUAAUAAAAAUGGCGUGUAACAACCAUAGACGUAAUAAGUAGGGACGUCUGAAAGUUCGUGCGAGAUAUUUAUGUUCAGCAGCCGAUCGUCACACACACACACACACACACACUUCGCGCGAUAUUCAGUAGGAUUUUGCACAAACGUCCGGCCCUUAUUAAUAAGUACAUACCUAUUAUGUCUAUACAACAAGUGCAUGCACGUCUUCAUAACAUUUUACGCCUUCCACACCUUUAUUUAAUUUUAGAGGAUUUAUGCAAGGAAUGAGUUUACAAUUAAAAUAACAAUUCACUUGGUAAAACUCGGAAAGAGAUGAUUGAAAUGUUUAAUCAUAACCAGGUAAUAUGUAUGUCUUCCCAACAGGUUUUAUCCAAUUAAUCCAUUAAUUAUAUAAAUAUAUAUCUUUUUAUAACAUAUUCUGUAUCAGAUGCUGAUAUAGCAGUAACUACAAUGCAUUUUAUGUACGAAUGGAAUUUGCGUUACUGCAAGUCUAGCUACUUACUUAUUUAAGCAUAUAUAUCAUUUUUAGAAAUAAGUACUUCAAAUUUGUUACAGUUUAUUAACAAAAAGAAACUUAAUAUCGAAGAACCCGCUUGAAUGCAAACGGCUUUCUCAUUUUUUAUAUUACUUUUUAAAUGUUGAUGUUAUAUAUGUUAUUCAAAAAGCAUAGAAAUGCUUUUAGUUAUCGUUGAGACAUAAGAGCGGCAGUUGACACGCAUAUUAGACAUGAUAAAUUAUUUUAUUGUAUGAUAUAGGAAUUUUUAUAGAUAAUAAUGAGAUAAAGUAGCAUCACAAUAUCAAUGUUACAUAAAUAAAACAAAGAAAA